GUAGGAAGCGGGGGGGACGGGGGGGACAUGUCCCCCCCAAUAUUGAAGCCAGGUGGAUAUGUCCCCCCCAAAAAAUUGUACCGCAAAAUAUUGAAUUUUGACAUUUUUUUAACUAGCGUGCUUUUAUUUUGAAGGCGCAGCAUCGCGUUACGUCACGGUACUCCCCCUCCCCUCUCUGAACUGCUGAGUGAGCACUCAGAAGGGAGGGAAACAGCGACACAGAAGUCAGAAACUUGCGAAUGAGGUAAAAUGGUCUGUCGGGAAUGCUGCUAUGAAUAUUGCUUAUUUAUAACGUCUUGUUGUCAGUUCACUUUCAUAUAUAGGAACUGAAUCUUUUUGGUUUAAUCAUCUUAGUCUUGGGAUGAUCACUCAUCCAAUAUUUAACUGCUAACUUUCUCUAGACGUUUGCUACGCUAGCCAAAAUGUCUUUUUUUUAUAUAUAUAUAUCUCAUUUCAGUACAAUGCCACCACCAACUAAAAGGCUGAAACAGCAGCAGGACUUACUCAGCUUUUUUAAAAAGAGUAACGUCAGUGUGAGUAACAGUCACACAACACAAGGGCAACACCUGUGUUGCCCUUGUGUUGAAAUUAGCCCGGUCUGGGCGUGCGUUUUACGAGGAUUUUUUAUUUUUUGCGUGGUUUUGCUUCGCCGAAAUGGACAGAUAUUAUACCUGCCGCGCUCCUGAUCGUUAGUUAAAACCACAGGGAGAGUUAAUUUUAAUUCUUAGCAGCGGCUAACCAACAAAUUAACUUCUGCACCUUUAUUUCCUCAAAUAAACUGCUGGCUCCUCUUUUUAGACUAUAAAUAGAUUAACACAACAUUGACAACUCUGUAGUUUUCUCUGUUCUGUACUGCAAACUGGAAUUAAAGGCGCCAUUUCUACCAAAGGUCUGGACAGACUGGCGACCUGUCUAGGGUGUACCCCACACCAGAACCUCCCGACCCCACUAAGGGACAAGGGUGUACAGAAAAUGGAAGGAUAGAUGGAUUUCUACCAAAGGUUUAGAAUGCGUUUUUGAACCAGAUGCUUCAAAGCGCCCUGUCCAUAAUUCUUCAACACACUGUCAGCUCCCUGUCAGAAAGACUUUAGUUCAGAGUCCAUAAGAUAAUACUCUGAAAGGAUUUUAAUGGAUUUAUUUUAUUUGCCUCUGCGAUUAACUCUGCGCGUAAAGUCUGUAAUGUGACAAAUAAAAUGUUUUGUUUGAUUUAAAAUUGGCCAUGUUAGGCUCAAGAGCUGUACCUCAUUUCUGAAACCAUCUCAUAUGUUUAGGAGCAACAAUGCAGGGACAGCACAAAGGAGACAGGAAAAGGAGAGGAUAGUGCAAACGGGCUAGAGGCAGGAAGUCAGAGUGAGGGAGAGACAGGAGUGGAGCAACAGGUAAGAUAGAGUAACUCAUACGAGUAGAUACUUCAUGAGAGUCCACAAAAAAAGUUGAAAAUUUUAAUCUUUUGCUUGUAGUAAGUGUAGUUCAGGGGCAUUGAGUGACAUUGUAACUUUUCCUUCUAGGGAGUUCAGACUAGGGACACACAGCUGAGAGACUCUGAAGUCAGUGGACAGAGAACAGAGCCAAAUCAGCCACAUCCAAAAUUCAUAGACCCUCAAGCUCUAGCCAACAGAACUUUACAUUUCCAAGGAAAGUGGUACAAGGAAUUUCCCUGGCUACAUUAUGAUGCAGUGAAAAAUGGCAUUUUGUGUUUUUAUUGCAUGGCAAUUUACCAGGACAAACUCACACCAUUUGGUGCAAAAUCCGAACCCGCCUUUAUCACUUCUGGAUUUAAAAAUUGGAAAUUUGUACAUAAAGAUAAACUUGAUUUACUGGACAAGAAGUCAGUUUGCAAGCAAUUUGUGGCUGCAAAUGAAAGGCGGAAAAAACAUUUUGGCUCUUUUGCCUAAGCCAGUGUUUGCCAUCCUUUUAUGUUUCCGGCACAUUUUUGGCGAAUUAUAAAUGCAUGGCUGUAAAGUGCAAUUGUUCAGAAGCACAGAGGUGUUGAUCUCUACCUAGGGUUAUGUGGCCUAUAAUCUCUGUGCUAACUGCUUUUCCAACAGUUAAAGCACACUGUAGUCAGUGAGUUAAAAAGCUUGUCUAUUAAAUGUGUAUUUAUUGUUGGUAAAUAUUUCUUCAUUUUUGAUUUGGUUUAAUUAGUCAUACAGUUCGACAAACUGAAUAAGCAUAUUUUGAUUGAUUUUCUUUUCUUCUUUUACUUAAUGUUAAAAGUGUGAAUAAUUUGUUCACUACAUUGUCUGUGAGGGCUCUUUCAUCUCAGAAUUUUGUUUAAUCAAAGAGAUGGUUCUAUGGUCAGUCAACCUAUAUAAAUUCAUUUUUGACCAUUAUUGCAAGUUUGACAAAAUAAAACAUAUCAAACUUUGCACUUGUGUGGCCUACUGAAUUGUUUUUAAUCCAACUGAAAUAUUUGAUUUUCUAGUGUGUAUGCGGACACUAAAUAUGCCAAGGGCUGAAGCCCUUGAAAGACAUCUCCCUUUGCUUAAUAAAAGACUCCAGUCAUUUUGUUUGGUGAUAUGCUCACAUCUUAUGAACAAAUGCAUUAUGUAAAUUUUAAAUGCAUUAUUUUUGCAAGACACAAUUUAUAAAGGAAUAAAGUAAAAGAUUAAAUAGCCUUUUUUUUAAGUAGCGUACUUAAGAUAUAUUUCUGUUGAAUAUUUACGAAUCUCAGAUUUCCGACAUGUGUCCCCCCCAAUUGUAAACUUAUUCCUACGCCCCUGCCCACAACUGAGACAAUCUGAACACAGCAAAUGCAAAUGGUCGCACUCAAAAGAACUCUUUGUUAGUUUCUUUCUGUGUUAUCUCACCCGAGUUAUGAAAGUUUGUAAAGUUUUGUUUUCGAGGGGGUAGCGUUUAUCCUGAGUAAAUGUGUUACCACAGAAGAGCAAAAGCAUUUCUGCAGGUGUAAACUACAUCUAAAAUAACUUUGAUCGCUAUUGGCUUAAAUUGUAAACAUCUUUAUAAUGUCUAUGUUUCUAGACUACAUCUACCACGUCAUAUCUGCAAAAGGCAAAUUUGUGCUACUAAGUAUUACAUGUAGGGAAGGCUUUAGGCGACAGGUCGGCGGUAUUUCCCCUCCAGUUUCAGAGCAGUCCAGUACAGUACAGGUUUUUCUUUGUGCUUAAAGAGACAAAAGCAGGUGCAACUAGCACCAUGAAACGAUGAGCCAAUGGGAGGACCCGCUUCAACAGUUGUGUAUGAAGAGUCCACGCUCAUUGGCCAACAGUUGUGCUGGGGGGUGGAGUCAUAUCGUUUGGUAUAAAUACUCCUAGCACGGUUUCUCGUCAUGACUACAAACCGGCUAGGUGUGCUGGCUGUUGACGGCUUACACGCGGCGUGAAGCGCGGAUUCCUACAGGUUGUCGCAACUUUUUUUUUUCUUUCUUUCUUUCUUUUUUUUUUUUUUUGUGUAAUUUUACCAGAGUCUACAGAGAGCGAAAACAAAACGGCGUCGCUCCACUAGAGAUUUAGAGCGUGGGGUUGUUUUUUUUUUUUGAUGUCGGCGGAACUGUUGAGCGCUUAGUGUACUAGUUACUCUGUGUGCCUCGGUCCGUCUCUCCGGCUUGACCAAUGCUCCUGCAUCAGUACAUGAACGGAUCCCUGGAAGUCAUGCCUCCCACGCCGGUCCAGAAAGACACCACGUUCACUAAAAUCUUCGUCGGCGGGCUGCCGUACCACACGACUGACGCCUCGCUCCGAAAAUACUUCGAGGCUUUCGGGGACAUCGACGAGGCCGUUGUGAUAACUGACAGGCAGACCGGUAAAUCCAGGGGCUACGGCUUUGUGACGAUGACUGACCGAGGAGCCGCAGAGAGAGCCUGCAAGGAUCCCAACCCCAUCAUAGACGGUAGAAAGGCCAACGUCAACCUGGCGUACCUGGGCGCCAAGCCCCGCAGCCUGCAGACAGGCAUAUCCAUCGGAGUGCAGCCCAUCCACCCGGCACUCAUCCAGAGGCAGUAUGGGUUGGCCCAGCCGUACAUCUACCCCCAAGCGUUCGUGCAGCCCAGCCUGCUGCUGCCCACUCAGGUGUCGGCUGCCUCGGUCGGCACCAGCCCCUACCUGGACUACAGCUCAGCCUACGCCCAGUACGCCCACGCCGCCUUCGACCAGCAGUACCCUUACGCCGCUUCUCCAGCCGGCUUCCUGGGCUACGGUUACGCCACCAGCCCCACAGCGUCCGCCGGCCCGUCCGCCGCCGCCACCACGGCAACAGCCACCGUGCACCCCACCUUGCCCUCCGCCACCGCCCAGGCCCCGACCUUCCUGCACUACGCCCCGCAGCAGCACAUCCAGCCAGAGAGGAUGCAGUGAAGUCAGAGGCGACGGGGGACGGCAGGGUGACAGGAAGUGGAAGAGGACAGAAGAGCUGACCCCUUUAGGGUACCACCGCUGUCGUCAGCAGCAGGUUUCAGGAAAAACAAUGUCGGGAUUAUUGCACUAUACGACUAAGAUGGGCUGCUUGCUCAUUGGUACAAGGGGAGGGAGGACUGCUGGGAGUACAGGAGGGGAAGCCGAACCAGCAUACAGUAUGUGGUUGCUUCCAAGGGCUUCCAGAACAUGACACUUCAAUUUUUUAUCAUUAUUAUUAUUAUAAUUAAUAUUAUUUUAUUGUUCUCUAUUAUUGUAUUAUUAAUGUCUUUGUCACUAUUCGUUUGCCAUUAUUAUCCAUGUUGGCGUCGUUUUGUAGCUCAAUCAGCAGAGGUCAUGCAUGUCCUUGCUAGAUAUUGGUUUUUUUAUUUAUUUUUUUAUUUUUCUCAAAGUCCAGAGCGUCUUGGCUGGACACGGCAGACAUUUUGAAGAUGCUGAGGGGACGUUCAUGUUAGUCUUUUUUAUUUGUUUUUUGUUUUUUUCUAUGACGGCGAUAGAGAAACGCAGCAGAGCUCUGCCUCACCAACAGACUUCCACAACGCAGGAACACCAGGAGAGAUUUCAACUCAGAGAAGCGACUGCACAGCUUUUUUUUUUUUUACUCCCCAAUGCUUGAUUUCAAGGGGCCUUAAUAAAUGGAUAUAAAACAAAGAGAAUCUCCAGAUAAUUUUUUCCUGUGCCUCUCCACUCUAAACCAAGUUUAAGGACAGAGAGCCCCUUUUGUAACUGAGCUAACUUCGAUUUGAUGUAGAUAAUCAUAAACAGUAUCGGGGGUGAGGAGCUGUGUGUAUCGAUGAGGUCGCUGACACUGAGCAAAAACACCAGUGUUUUUAUUUCUGUUUCUGUACUGAGAUGGUUGGACUGUUGCUCCAUGUACAGCACAUUCAGAUGUCGUCACCUGCAUUUUUCAAUAUUUAUACAUAGGUAUUUAUAAGAGGUACUAAGUUUAAAAAAAAAAACAAAAAAAAAACGUUUUCCUUUAUUUUAUUUUAAAGUUUGCUAUUGUGAUUGUAGUUGUGACGCUGACGUCAUUUAACUCGCAGUCGUUUGCUGCAGAUCCACAAAGUGUCGUCAUUCUUUUCAUCAUAUUACCAGUGGAUCUUUGACUGGGUUCAUUGGAAAUUCUUCUUAUUUUUUAAUUUUCCAGUAAGAUUGUUCUUUACAAUCCUUUCAAACAAGCCAUAAAGAAUAAAAAUUUCUACUCAAGA